AUGGUUUCUAUUAUUCCUCUUCUUACAUUGGCCUUCUCCGUUCUGGGCUUGGCUAUCAGACAACCUGAUUCUCAAGCAGACCUUGCCCCAAGAUCCACCCCAAAGGUGUUGCAAUUGGACUUUGACAAAUCCAAGCCAGGCGAAAAGAGAGAUGAUGCUCCAAAGCCAAAGGUGUUGCAAUUGGAUUUUAACGUUGACAGAUCCAAACCAAGCAGAAAGAGGGAUGCCACUGCUGACCUCGACGACAACAGAGACGUGAGUUACUACAUGGACAUGUACUUUGGUUCCAACAAGCAGAAGAUCCUGGUGGAGAUUGACACCGGAUCCGCUGAUCUCUGGGUCCACGAUGAGUUUUAUGGUCCAUCUUUCGAAGGCAUGUUCAACCAGUCUGAGUCUGACACUUUCAAGUACAUCAACGAGAAAUUCGAGAUCCACUACUUUGACGGCGACGCAUCUUACGGUGAGUUCGGCACGGACGAUGUCGCCUUAGAGGACGGGACUGUCGUUAAGGAUUUCCAAUUUGCUGUGGUCAACAAAGCCAAAAACAAACAUACUGCAGCUAUCUUUGGAAUCGCCAGAAAGGUCCAGGAAAACGCUAAGCAUCAGUACGACAACUUCCCAUAUGCCUUGGUGAAGCAGGGUAUCAUCGACAAGCCAGCUUACUCCAUCUACAUGUCCCAGGAUGGCGGCGACAAGGGACUGGUUCUCUUUGGUGGUAUUGACAAGAAGAAGUACAAGGGUUCUUUGGUUCCUUUCCCUAUUAGUGACGACUACUACAGUGACAUUACACUCCAAAGCCUUGAUGUGAACGGUAAGGAGUUUUCUAUCAACAAGUCUGCCAUGUUGGACACCGGUACGUCUUGGAACUUCUUCCCUGACCACAUUGUCGACUACAUCAGCGAAAAACUUGGUGCUAAGAUCAACGAUGAUGGUGAGAGAUCCAUUGACUGUAACCAGCCUACUGACAAGUACAUCACCUUCAACUUUGGCACCCAGGAAAUCCAGUUGACCUAUGCUGACUUUGUGGUGAGACCAAUCAAGAACGGCUGCCUUGCGGGUAUCGACUACUGGAACCCUGACAAUGGUAUCGUUUUGGGUGAUGUUUUCUUGAGACGCACUUACACCGUUUACGACUUUGAGUACGACACCAUUUACAUUGCCCAAUCCGUGGACACCGAAGAGUCUGACAUUAUUCAGAUUCCAUGA